CAUUUUUUGUUAUAUAUAAGGAUCUAGCGGCUUUUUGCUCUUUGCUUUUUGCUUUUUCAGCUUUUCCAAGAUCUAUCCCUUUCAAGAAUCGUUCCUUAAAAAGUUCGUUGUAUUUUCGCAACGGUUUGCAGGCUCUGUGAGUAAUUUACAUCCCUUUAGGAUUUUACCUUCAAGAAUCAUGACAUUUGAGACUUAUCAUCUGGUCUAUUCACCCGUUGUUGUCUUUGGCCCUUCUGGAGUUGGCAAAUCAACCUUACUUAAGCGUCUUUUGUCGCUACACGGAGACAAGCUCGGUUUUAGUGUAUCGCAUACUACUAGAGCCCCUCGUCCUGGUGAGCAAGCAGGUAUAGACUACCAUUAUGUUAGCAAGGAUGAAUUUCGAAGACUAGUCUCUGAAAAUAAGUUUGUCGAAUGGGCUGAGUUUUCCGGAAAUAUGUACGGUACUUCCAUUAUGGCCAUAAAAGAUCUCGAAAAGGGAAACAAAAAAGCUAUUUUGGACAUUGAUUUACAGGGUGUUUUGCAGGUGAAGAAGAGUGCCAUUAAGGCACGUUAUGCUUUUUUGGCACCUCCCAGUCUUGAGCAAUUAGAGGCUCGCUUGCGUGGUCGUGGCACUGAAAGUGAAGAGUCUGUUUUAAUGCGUUUAGAACGUGCUUUUAAAGAAAUUGAAUAUAGCAAAGAGCCAGGCAACUUUGAGGCCCUUAUUGUUAAUGAUGACCUAGAAAAGGCAUACAAGGAGCUCGAGGAAUUUUGCCUUUCUGAUUCCUAAACGAAAAUAGAAUAAUUAUCUUGAAUCUUACCUCUGUUUUUCAUAAAGAGGAUUUAUUAUUAAAAGCAUCGGUUGAUGGGAUAAUUUCUUUGCAUACACAAGGUAUUGACUAAUUGCCUAAAAAUAAUUUAAUUUGGUUUCUUCCUUUCUUUAGUCUUUCGUGAUUUUUC